AUGGCUCCGAAAGCUUGCAAUUCGGCGCUCGAAGCCAUUCGGACGUGGAAGUGGAUCCCUGGAACUGCACGGCGCGAGAUUCCUUCUCAAGGCUGCCGAUAUAAUCUUGGAAAGAAGAGACGCAUGACCGAACGUGACAGUCGCAGCUUCACUUUUCCGCGAGCUCUCAUCGAGUAUCAGCUCCAUGUGAUUGUGCAAGCCUUGUUCGAUGCAGAAGCACGCAUAAGUGCCACCCCCAUCGUGCAAACUGCUCGAAAGGAUGCUCCUGCAGUCAGGGAGGCAUUGAUAUCAUAUCCUACGAUACUCAAAGUGGAGUUCAGGGGGUCCAGAGCGGUCAGUCGAAUAAUUGGCUCCCUUGCUGGUAAAUACGUCGAACGGCUUGGAGAUGCCAAUUUGGAAGAUGCCGCGGUGAAGUGUGUUUUCGGGGCAUACAACCAUCAUGGUCAAGUCUGCUUUUCUACCGAGCGGAACUAUGUCAUCCGCAGCGUGGCAGAUCGCUUCAUGGAAUGCUCGAGGCAGAAGCGAAGAAGUUCCCGGUUAGGAGUGCCAAUUCUCAAAGACUCGCCUAGCAAGCUAAAGCCAAGUAGAUCAAAAGGAGCGAAAUUCGUGUUUGGUAGCUCGACGUUUAAAGACUAA